CAGGCGCUUUUCGGUUCAAAAUACUUUCUUCACAAAAUAGAGACCGAUGAUUGGACAGGGUGGCCUUCACUGUUGCUAGAGAAUGAGCGGGUGUUCCCUGAACGUCUCAUCAUCAGUAUGGCUGCUCGGACGCUGCAGGAGCUUGUCGCCGCCGCCGCCUCUCUGCACGCCGACAGAGCAGCUGUGAAAUAUGACAGCGGCUCGGUGUCUGGGAGCCCCCCAGUGUCCCUGCUACUGUACAGAGAUCUGGUUAAACUGGCAGCUGAACUGUCUCAUAUUCUACGAAAGAUCUGCUCUCCUAAUAACGGAGUGAUUGGGAUGUAUUGUUGUGAUGAUUUGUUUACACCUGUCUGGAUUCUGGGGAUCCUGCAGUCUCCUGCUGCCUAUGUCCCACUGGACCCGGAAGCUCCAGGACUUCUCUCUGCCAGAGUCAUGACCCAGUGCUGCCUCAAGUACUGUGCUGUGAAGACCGACAUGCUGCAGAGAUUCCAGUCCGCUCUCGACAUGCACAUAUCUGUGGAGGUUUGUGUGGUGCUGCCCAAGUUCAAACUAACCCUGAUACAAAUCAAUCUACUGCCAGUCGCUGAGCACCAACGAGGACCAGAACAAACCGGAGCUCAGAUAGCGGACGGCGCUGGUCUCUGUUGUGAUCCAGCUGCAGGGUUAAAGGAGGCUGGCCACAGAGACUUGGCGUAUGUGCUUCACACAUCUGGAACGACUGGCCUGCCGAAGAUCGUGAGGGUGCCGCACAAGUGUAUACUCCCCAAUAUACUACAUCUGAGAUCUUUGUUUCAGAUGAGUGCAGAUGAUGUGGUUUUCCUCGCCUCGCCCUUAACCUUCGACCCUUCUGUGGUAGAUAUUUUCCUCGCCUUAUCGUCCGGGGCCCAGCUCCUCAUUAGCCCGACUUUGAUUAAGAAAAUGCCCGGUCGACUGGCUCGGCUGCUGUUCGAGGAUCACAAGACGACUGUCCUACAGGUCACACCGACGCUGCUCGGCCGCUUCGGGCGCCGUAUCCUAAAACAGGAAGUGUUGUCGUCUGGCUCCUCAUUGCGGCUGUUGGCUCUGGGCGGAGAGGCCUGCCCCUCGCCUGCUCUGCUGAGGAGCUGGAGGCACGAGGACAACAAAACCCACAUCUACAAUAUCUACGGCAUCACUGAGGUGUCCUGCUGGGCCUGCUCUUACAAAAUACCAGAGUCUCACCUGCAGUCUAGCAACCUCGGGCCACCCUUUGUGCCUCUUGGGACUCCUCUGAUGGACACAAUGAUGGAAGUAAGAGAUGAACAUGGGCACAUUGUCACCGAGGGGGAAGGACAAGUGUUCAUAGGUGGAGACGACAGAGUGUGUCUCCUGGAUGAUGAGGAGACUGUCGUCGCCGGGACGAUGAGAGCCACUGGAGACUGGGUGAAUGUUAAAGACACACAGAUGUACUACCUAGGACGGAGAGACCGGCUGAUUAAACGCCACGGAAAACGGGUGAACUUGGACAGCUUGCAGCAACUCACAUCGAGUCUGCCUCAGGUGGAGGCCUGUGCCGUGUGUCUGUACGAAGCCUCUCGACUACUCGCAUUUGUCGUGGCGUCGACAUCUGGAGACCAAAAAGCAGCUUCUCCUCUCACAUCUGCGCAGAAGCAUGCAGAACAAACACCCUCGUCCGAGCAGCGGGAAGACCUCCCCCCUCCUGUAAAACACCGUCAGGGGGAGACGGGCGGCACAGAUGGAGAUCUGAGCAGACUCAUCCUGAACCAGCUGUCUCUGCUGCUGCCGUCUCACAGCGUUCCCGACACGCUGCUGCUGGUGCCAGCCUUGUGCCUGACUCCUCAUGGCAAAGUAGACAUGGAGGCACUUGUGAAAAUAUACCAAAGACAGAGACGGUGUUUGGAUUCUUCAUGGGGAGACGUCACCAAGCUAAAGCAAACUCUGCAGUCCUUGUGGCAGGAAACUCUCGGUCUUCCUGAAGAUGCGACUAUCGACGAGAAAUCUAGCUUCCUGAUGAGUGGAGGAGACUCUCUGAAGGCGCUUCGUCUCUGUGAAGACAUCCUCACUGCUGUCGGCGCGACCUCACCGGAGCUUUUGGAGGUUGUUCUUGACGGGACCUUCUCUGACGUACUGCGCCAUGUUGGGAGAGUAACACUGAUGCCGCCACUUGAGAACAGUCAGUCAUCUUCAUCUGAGGCCAAGAAGCGACACGCUGACGCUCCCUCUGUGGUUGUAGCGAAGAGAGAACGCACAGAGUCUGCAGCAUCAGAGAGGCUACAGGGGGAGACAUGGGCUGUUAAAGUUAUAAGACGAGCAGGUGAGGUGAUAGAAAUGCAAAUCAGAACUCCAGAGUUAAAUGAAAAGUCUCAGGCGGAGGCUCCCGGAGAAAAGGAUUCAAGUAGGAAAGGCAGAGGUGAUGUUCUGGGCCUCAGUCUGAGCUGGUCCUCAGACACAGGCAGAUGUGUGGACGCCUCCCCGGUGCUUCUAGUACAACCCACAACAGACCCAAGGUCAGACGAGGGUAAAACGACAGUGUUCAUAGGCUCCCACUCUCACAGGAUCCAGGCUUUAGACCUGACCGCCGGGAGCCUUCUGUGGGAGCGGGUUCUCGGGGACAGAAUCGAAUCCUCGGCUGCAGUGUCUCACUGCGGGAGCCUCGUGGUUAUAGGUUGCUACGAUGGCGGUGUGUAUUUCCUGUGCGCUGUGUCUGGAAAGACACGGUGGAUGUUUAAGACAGGAGAUGCAGUGAAGAGCUGUCCUGCUGUGGAUCCCCUCACAGGUCUGGUGAUGGUGGGCUCACAUGAUGGCCAUGUUUACGCCCUGGACCCAAAGGUCCAGCAGUGUGUUUGGAGGCGUCACUGUAGGGGUGGAGCUGUGUUUUCCUCCCCGUACCUCCACACCUCAGUCAGACAGCUGUACGUGGCUUCACUGGGCGGGAACCUCCUCUGUCUUAACCCUGACAGUGGAGAGGUCCUGUGGUCGUACUGUAGAGACGUCCCGUUCUUCUCAUCUCCAAACGCCUCCUCUGGUCACGUGGUUAUCGGCUCGGUGGAUGGAAACAUCUGCUGCUUCAGCAACACGGGGACACUGGUUUGGCAGUUUUUAACAAAAGCACCCAUCUUCUCCUCUCCGUGUGUCACACCAGACCAGCAGAGGGUUCUGUGUGGCUCACAUGACGGUUGCCUUUACUGUUUGAACUGUGGCGACGGCUCUUUAGUUUGGACUUUCCAGACCACAGGGAAAGUGUACUCCAGUCCAUGCGUGUUCGAUGGCUCCGUCAUGGGCAGGAGGGGUAUUCUGGUGGCUCUGGCCUCGACAGACGGCACAGUGUGGAUCCUGGAUGGACAAGAUGGACAAAUGCUGGCCUCGUUCACUCUGCCCGGGGAGCUGUUUUCAUCCCCAGUGGUGUAUAAACGCUCCCUUGUAGUCGGGUGCCGCAAUGACUAUGUGUAUUGUUUAAAGCUGACUGUCAAAGAAGAAGCACAGCACUGAUUUUAUAAUAAACACUGAUGGCUUUUUAUAUCUGUCAGAGCGGCGGAGAGGGUGUUUUGGGAAAUAGACUUUAAUUAAAAGUUCAGGGGAAAUAAUGAGUCUUUCAGUUCAGACAUCAGUAUUUAAUUUACAUUAUUCAUAACAUUUUGUGUCUCUUUAAGAAUUUUCUCAUGAAUAUCUCUAAGUGGGACAAAAAAGUGCAAAUAAUACCAAACAUUUUUCUUGUUACACAUAACACUGCGUACACUACACUGUUGUGCACGACCAACGUUAGAAACAAAAUGACAAAGUGGCUCUUUCUGACCGAAGCUCUGGUGACGCCUUUGACUUCCAUACAGCACAUACAGAUCAAUAAGUGAGUGGCAGGAAAUGAGAAUGCUGGAGGUUUUUUCUUCUUCUUUCUUUCAUAUGAGGAAAUGCUUACAUUAUCAUGUAAGAUCGUAUCACAUUUACAAACACAAGAGUGUUACGGGAGGACAGCUACAAGAAUUGUAUGUUACAGCAAGCAGGUGUUGUGUCUGUUUCCAUUAGCAAAGCAAAUAAAUCCAAAUCACGUCAUCACACAGCUGUGAGGAGGAGAAUGUGCAGUUCACUGUAAAUGCCCAGUAACACUUGUGGUCUUCAGUGCUGUGUUUAGGUGCACCCACCGUGUGAUAAUGACAGAUUUUAGGUUACUUUAUAAUGGCAAAAUUGUACAAUAGCCUCUUUGACAGCUAUCACAGUCAUCACGGACACAGUGAGAAUUGUUAUGCUAAGGUUGUAUGAGUUUAAAAAAAAAAAAGACAUAAAGGCUUCUUUUGUACAUGACAAGGCUCAGAGAGGAGA